CGAAACAACAAACCGAACGGAGCAAACGGGGUGAGAGAGAGCGAGAGAGAUAGAGCGAGGGAGAGAGAGAGAGAGACUCUAAAACAGCUUCUGACCGCCACUUUCAAACUACGUCCAUGAAUCAGUCUUGGAUUUUCGUUCAGUGCAAGUAGCGCAGGUCGAAAUCUACAGGAAGCCGCGCGGUCGCUGAAUUCAACGCUGUUAAGUAGGUCAUAUGACGAGAAAGGUACCCACUGCUUGUGGUAAUUGAAGAUUAAGUGCUUGACAAGUUAAGGUGGUCCAGAAGAUGUUAAAGAAAUGAUAGCAGCACCAGAAUUACAAACGGAUUUUCAUUAUCCCCAGGACACAGACACUCGUUUUUCAUCGGACACUGACUUCGAUGAUCCUGAUGGGAGAAGUGCUGUCCAGGGAAAAGGAAAGGUGAAAAAGGGGAAGAAAGCCCCUGGGGAGAAGGGAAAAGGAGCAGGAAAAGGUGCUGGCCGAUUGAAUGGACACCACCAGGAAAAUGGCAUGGAGAAUGUUAUGCUUUUUGAAGUGGUCAAGCUGGGGAAGAGUGCCAUGCAGUCUGUCGUGGAUGACUGGAUCGAGUCAUACAAGCAUGACAGAGACACAGCACUCCUUGACUUGAUCAACUUCUUUAUCCAGUGUUCAGGCUGCAAAGGUGUUGUUAGUGGUGAGAUGUUUCGGCACAUGCAAAAUUCUGAGAUCAUCAGGAAGAUGACUGAAGAGUUUGAUGAGGACAGUGGAGAUUACCCACUCACGAUGGCAGGUCCACAGUGGAAAAAGUUCAAGUCGAGUUUCUGCGAGUUCAUUGGCGUAUUGGUGCGACAGUGUCAAUACAGCAUCAUCUAUGACGAGUAUAUGAUGGACACGGUCAUCUCUCUGCUCACGGGUCUCUCAGAUUCCCAAGUGCGCGCCUUCAGGCACACCAGCACACUCGCAGCCAUGAAGCUGAUGACAGCUCUAGUGAAUGUUGCGCUGAACCUCAGCAUCAACAUGGACAACACGCAGCGCCAGUACGAGGCUGAGAGGAAUAAGAUGAUUGGCAAGCGGGCCAAUGACAGGCUGGAGCUGCUUCUGCAGAAACGGAAGGAGCUACAAGAAAAUCAAGAUGAAAUUGAAAACAUGAUGAAUGCAAUUUUCAAGGGUGUCUUCGUUCACAGAUACCGUGAUGCAAUAGCAGAGAUCCGAGCGAUCUGCAUAGAAGAAAUUGGGGUAUGGAUGAAAAUGUACAGCGACGCCUUUCUCAACGACAGCUACCUAAAGUACGUGGGCUGGACCCUGCAUGACAAGCAAGGUGAAGUGCGACUUAAAUGCCUGACGGCUCUGCAGGGCCUCUACUACAACCGUGAGCUCAAUGCCAAGUUGGAGCUCUUCACCAGCCGCUUCAAGGACCGCAUUGUGUCUAUGACGCUGGAUAAGGAGUAUGAUGUCGCUGUGCAAGCAAUAAAACUGCUCACACUUGUGUUACAUAGCAGUGAUGAGGUCCUGACUGCGGAGGACUGUGAGAGCGUGUACCACUUGGUGUACUCAGCUCACCGGCCAGUUGCUGUGGCGGCAGGAGAGUUCCUUUUCAAAAAGCUGUUCAGCCAUCGAGACAUAGAGGAUGACAGCAUGCCUAAAAGACGAGGCAGACAGUCACUGAAUGCCAACCUCAUUAAAACCACUGUUUUCUUCUUCCUAGAGAGUGAGCUCCAUGAACAUGCUGCGUACCUGGUGGAUAGCAUGUGGGACUGCGCCUCGGAGCUGCUGAAGGACUGGGAAUGCAUGAUCAGUCUCCUGCUGGAUGAGCCCCUGCCUGGAGAGGAAGCUCUGACGGACAGACAGGAGACGGCCCUCAUCGAGAUCAUGCUCUGUACCAUCCGACAGGCUGCAGAGUGCCAUCCUCCUGUGGGCAGAGGAACUGGCAAGAGGGUACUGACAGCAAAAGAGAAGAAAACUCAGCUUGAUGACCGGACGAGAAUGACCGAGCUUUUUGCAGUGGCACUUCCACCUUUACUCGCAAAGUACUCAGUUGAUGCAGAAAAGGUGACCAACCUAUUACAACUUCCACAGUUCUUUGAUCUGGAGAUAUAUACAACAGGACGGCUGGAAAAGCAUCUGGAAUCACUGCUAAGACAAAUCAGGGAAAUUGUGGAAAAGCACACAGACACUGACGUGCUAGAAGCCUGCUCCAAAACCUACCAUGCCCUUUGCAGCGAGGAGUUUACGAUUUUCAACAGGGUGGACAUUGCCCGCAGCCAGCUUCUGGACGAACUGGUGGACAAGUUCAACAGGCUGCUGGAAGACUUCCUACAGGAGGGAGAAGAUCCAGAUGAAGAUGAUGCUUAUCAGGUCUUAUCCACACUGAAGCGGAUCACGGCUUUCCAUAAUGCUCAUGACCUCUCCAAAUGGGAUCUGUUCACCAGCAACUAUAAGUUACUCAACACAGGCAUUGAGAAUGGGGACAUGCCUGAGCAGAUUGUCAUCCAUGCACUGCAGUGUACACACUAUGUGAUCCUGUGGCACUUAGCGAAGGUCUCUGAGGGUAGCUGCAAAAAAGAGGACAUGGUGACUCUGAGGAAGCAAAUGAGAGCAUUCUGUCUCAUGUGUCAGCGUUAUUUGGCAAGCGUCAACACUGCUGUCAAAGAGCAGGCUUUCACUAUCCUGUGUGACCUGCUGAUGAUAUUCAGUCACCAAAUCAUCUCUGGGGGGAGGGAGAUUCUGGAGCCUCUGGUCUACACGCCGGAGGCCUCCCUGCAAUCGGAGCUGCUCAGCUUCAUCUUGGACCAUGUCUUCAUAGACCAGGAUGAGGACAACAACAGCACAGAUGGACAGCAGGACGACGAAGCAGGCAAGAUAGAAGCUUUGCACAAAAGACGCAACCUGCUGGCAGCUUACUGCAAGCUCAUCAUCUACAAUGUGGUGGAGAUGAACACUGGGGCUGAUAUAUUUAAGCAGUAUAUGAGAUAUUACAAUGACUAUGGUGACAUCAUCAAGGAAACAAUGAGCAAAACAAGACAGAUUGACAAAAUACAGUGUGCAAAGACACUCAUUCUGAGCUUGCAGCAGUUGUUCAACGAGAUGCUGUCAGACCUGGGCCCAGGCUUUGACCGGUCAUCUUCAGCCUUCUGUGGCAUUAAAGAACUGGCUCGGCGCUUCUCUCUGACUUUUGGCCUGGAUCAACUCAAAACCAGAGAAGCCAUCGCCAUGUUACACAAGGAUGGUAUUGAAUUUGCCUUCAAGGAGCCAAAUCCUCAAGGAGAAGGGUAUCCUCCCUUAAACCUGGCUUUCCUGGACAUCCUCAGCGAGUUCUCAUCUAAGCUCAUGAGACAGGACAAGCGCACUGUGCAUAUGUAUCUGGAGCGCUUCAUGACGUUUCAGAUGGCUCUGCAGAGGGAAGACUGCUGGUUACCGCUCAUCUCCUACAGGAACUCCCUGCAGGCCGGCGGUGAUGAUGACACCAUGUCUGUGGUGAGCGGCAUCAGCAGUCGUGGCUCCACCAUCCGCAAUAAGAAGCCCAAACCUGUCACUGGCAAGAGGAAACUAUCUGAAGCAGAGGAGAGCAGCAGCAGCAGCGAGGUGUGGCUAAAUAGAGAUCAGAGCAUGCAGACGCCAGUCAUGAUGCCUUCUCCCCACCUCACGUCCACAGUCAUGCGCGAUACAAAGAGGCUGCGACCCGAGGACAGCUACAUGGGCGUGUACACCAUGCCACCUGAGCAGCAACAGCCGCAGCCGCCACCACAGCAUCACGCACCCCCACAGACGCCCCAGCCUCACCACCACCAAACCCCCUUGGACUACAACACACAGGUCACCUGGAUGCUAGCACAGAGGCAGCAGCAGGAGGAGGCUGCCAGACAGCAACAUGAGAGAGCCAUGAACUACGCCAAACUGAGGAGCAACCUGCAGCACGCCAUUCGUCGAGGAUCAGGCCUAAUGGAAGAUGACGAGGAACCGAUUGUAGAGGAUGUGAUGAUGUCAUCAGAAGGCAGAAUUGAGGAUCUUAAUGAAGGCAUGGAUUUUGACACAAUGGAUAUUGAUCUGCCUGCGUCAAAGAAUCGGCGAGAGAGAUCGGAACUGAAGCCAGACUUUUUCGACCCUGCCUCUAUCAUGGAUGAGUCUGUAAGGACCACUCAUUUCCUGGGUUAUGAUGCUUUUCAGCGGUAAUGUGGGGGGCCACACUAACUCUCCACUGUAAGGCCAUCAGAGAUCACCACUAGAUGGCACUAAUAGGAGUGAUUUCUAAUAGACAGCUCUGUUCCACAGUUUACUCUGUGCUGUGGAAGAGAGACAGCCUCAACCUACAAAAUGUUAAAACCCACCUGGACUUAAAAUUAACUACAUUUUAAGAGAAUCAAGCAUCAUUCAUCUGGUAACACUAACCUCACACUGAAUUUAAACAUUUUCUUUUGUAGGUUCUUGGAGUACCCAUGUUUUAAGAUUUAAAAGAAUUUGGAUUUUUUUUUUUUUUUUUUUUUUUUUUUUUUUAAAGAAAACCAAUUUUUCUCUGUAAUAUUGGAUUGAUUUUGUAAAGAUGAUACACAAACUCUGUGUAGUAACUGGUAAACAAAACAAACUAUUCCUGUUGACUAGAGACUUAACUAUAAAUACAGUGACUUCAACAGUCGUCCAGUAAGCUUUCCCUCUACAUGCAAAAUGUUGGGGGCAGAUUGUGAAUGCCAUGGAAUGUUGGACUGUUCUUAGCCAUGUAUAAAUAAUAUGAAAUAUUUCAAAGUUGAACGUCAUCUUGUGUGAAGAAAUUUAUGUGAGCUCUCUUAGAGUUGUGGUAUUCCUUGAAACUGGGGUGAAUGCAUCUUUUUUUAACUUAAAAAGAUACCUAUGUUAUGUAUAGCCCUUUUGUAAUAGUGAGUAAUCAGGUGUAAAGUAGUAAUUUAUAAGCAGGUUAUUGCUCAUCAUAGUGAGUGAUGUGAUAUUUUAUUCUUCUUAACUAUCUAAUAUGUAAAAUGGGGAGAUCCUCCAGGUCUUUAUAUUUAGUGUUUAGUUUCGUUUCCCUCCCUUUUGAGAAAGACGAAAACAAGGCCUACAGCUCAUACUAUCUGUUAAGGACACUGUAGCUCGAGGAGUCCGAGAAAGGAAGCUGUGAUUCUGCUUCUCCCAAAUCAUCUCACCCAAAGAUUAGAACUGCUUGCUUAUCCCUCCAAAGAGCAACACCAACAAAGCGAAAGGAAAUCUCCAGUAGUGCCAUUGUGUCUGUCUCUAACAAAAACGAAGCUUACUACAGUAUGUCUGCUGCAAAACCAUUGUCUCCUCCCUGGCAUUCAGCUGAUUAGAGUGAUGUAGACAUUUACUUUUAAAUAAAGUUAUAUAAGAAUAUAUAAAUUGGUGCUGAUUUUAUAACUGUGCAUUUAGGUUUUUUUUUUCUUGUUUUUAAGCUCCAAUUUAAAGAUGAAAGGAAAUGGAAAUGUAUUAAAAUGUCAAAAAAUGAGAGCAUGUAGCCAUGCAGCAAGGAAUUUUUUAAAAUUUGUAUUUUAUAUGGGUAUUUCUGUUGUUUGUUAGUUUGUUUUUGUUUUAUUUUUUGUCAGUCUUAAGGUCUUCAGGUUAUCACAUUUUCCUAAAUGUAAAUUAGGAUUGUUAAGCUUCAUGGUCAGAGCUAUUAUGUUCAGCUUUAAGUUGUUUUUCAGUUUUUUGACCCCCCCCCCCACCCCCCCAUAUCAAACCUUCAGUGUAACACAAUGUAAAAUUUAUUCGAACACGAACAUUAUUUGUGUUGCUUUGGGCAGCUCUAUAAAGUAAAACUAAUACACAUCUAGCUUGUACUCAAAUAUUUGUAUAUCUAAACAUGUUUUGUCAGAGGUAUACUUUUUAAUCAUUCCAUGCCUUGGCCUUAAACAUGCUUGUACAAAAAAAAGUUCUCAAUUUUUCAUGUUAAGAUUUUUUUUUUCCUGUUUUGUGCAGUGCAUUGGUUCCCAUUUUCUAUAGAAGAUAGUAUGUUCAGAAAUGGCAUGAUUGUAAUUAUUAAGUUAGGAAAGUGCUACGGCACUUGAAGAAAUACGAAAAGAGGAGGCUCUUUGGCUCUAUUCUGUCCCCUGUUGGUCAUUCACCACUGCAUUGGCAAAACUGCUGAAUAGAUUGUGUAAAUAUACAUGUGUUUUAACAGAAACUUAAUUUUCUAGUGUUUUUUUUCCUGGUAAUGUUUAUAAGCAUAUAUGAUCUUUUCCCUGUUCAAAGAUUUCCACUCAUACCUAAUUGUUUCCCUGUCCUGUCAUCCACUGUACUAUUUCUGAUUUGUAUCUAUCUGGAGACAGUACGUUUUUGAAUAAAAGUAAACAAAUCUUUUUUGUGUGAUUUUA